AUACAAUCGCUAUAGCUGGAGACAGCAUUCCAGCAAUCAAAGGGAUGCCAAGCAGUGCCGGUCGUUGACCAAAUUCUCUGUGAUAAAUUCGAAACACAAAAAAAAGAAUAUCUAUAUCUCAAUCAUGAGAAGUUGUUGAAUACCACCGCUGUCUCGAGAUGCUAGGACCGUUGGAAUUGCCGUUAUUCCCCUCCUGCUCAGAUUGCCUGGCCUGGUCGGCAGAUGGGGAACUGGCCAUCGGUGCGGGGGAAUACGUCCAGGUCCUGACCCCCAAGACGGCCAAUGAAAAAGCUGAACAGGGUCCUGUGCAAAAAGCCAUCAACGACUGGCAUUCCAAUCGGUUCAGGGUCAAUGUUUUCACUGAAAGCGAAUGGCCAACCAUCUAUCCCCAGAAGCGCGACAAUUUCUCUCUUGGCGGCGAGCAGUCCCUUAGCACCGUGGUAGGUCUGGCCUGGUCCCCUCCAGGACUCGCCAAGUUCCGGCGCUGUGUGCUCGCCGUCUUCACCUCCAAUCUGCUGCUUUCCCUCUAUGAGCCUGUCGGGAUCCAAGGCAAAUGGACGCGCGUAGCCAUCGUCAACGACUCCCUGAAACUCCACUUCCAACCCCAGAUCCAGGAUGAGGGCUUGGCUCUGCGGAAAUCAUACAUUCGGUCUUUUUCGUGGUCAUCGCCUCUGAAAGCCCCUAUCGCGGAGCAAAAUGCGGACUCACUAGCAAUUUGCGGCGUCGAGAGUCGCUGGGGCCAUCACCUGUUGUCAGUUGCAAAUGACUCUAAGGAUGUGAUCUUCCUACGAAUACGAAGCUUGGUAGCAGUACAUAGUCCAAGGUACACCGCUGAUGUGCUCGCCCUAAUUUCCUUAAAUAAACCCUUUGUGAGCUAUCCUGAGGCUCAGCCAUCAUCGCUCUUUGCCGCUACACUGCAAUCUAAGGCCAUUGUCUCAUCAAUGAAUUGGGGCCCGUGGAUCUUUCCGGGAGACGAUGAUCAGACGCAAAGUCCAACUGCCCGUCACGCGAUAGGGAAUCUGGCCGUUGUGUACGGGACAAAAUUGAGGGUCCUCAGACUAGAAGUUGACCCAGCAUCUCUCAAGUACGGAGCAGACGUGGGUCUGCCUCCCGAGCCAGUGGCCAAGUCAGAGGAGAACGCUUCAGUGUCUUGCAAGGGACUGGAAGAUCAUCGUUUCACCGGUCCCAUUGAAUGGAUCAGUCUGGGUAAUGCGCAGGCUCUUUCUUUGGCUGCGGGUGUCUUUGGGGGCCUCGCUCUUAUCACAAUGCCUCACUCAGCAUAUGAAGGACAUGAGCAGAAAUCCACACAGAUUGAGUUCAAACACCUACCAUUCUAUGAGGACACGGCGGCAGAGGUCCAGUCCGAAGCCCCAAGGCACUGGGAUCCAAUAUCAUCCAUGACUGUCACACGAGACCCUGAGUCUCAGAAUCUCGCGCUGCAUGUAGGAACAGGCGGCGGCUACGCGAUAACGAAGCAAUUCUCCUCGGAGCAGGAGGACCAGCCAUUCUCCAAGGCCCCCUGGAAAAACCAAAUUGACGAUAUGCGGGAACAGUUCGACUUCAAUCGAGAUUUCGGAGGCCUCGCCGUGGCCAGAAUCUGGGGUCUGACCUCAUGCAAGGGCAUCGUUGCGAGCGCUACCACGCUCCACCCGGGAGACGUCAUUGAAUACCGCACAGCCGCCGAAGACCGAGUAAUAGUCACCUUCUCCACAACCACUGGUGAAUCCCAAAAUGACGAAGGCGACAGCCCACCACUGCCACUGUCUGGUAGAUUAUUAUACGCAGCAGCAUGCUCCGCCAUUGUCGAUUGCGCCAAUGGGGAGAUCAUGGCGCAAGCUCGCCAGGUUCUCAUCAGACUCGCUACCAUCACAGGCGCCGAUCUGACCGAGGAGAUCUCCAAAUGCUCCACCUCCAAGAACACGGUAAAGGCCAAGUCCGCCGAGGAGCUCAGCGGGCCAGGGAGCUCUCUUUUCGAGAGAUGCGAUAUCUGCGAUGCCGGCGUUGCUUGGUAUUCGAACCAGGAAGCGCAAUGCGCCGCGGGUCACCUCUUCGGUAUAAACAAUGGUAUGCUAUCCUGCACAUCACAAACUAACAAACCUUUCCCGAAUGCAGUGCGGUGUGGCUUGACGUCGCUAGCUAUCCAAGACCCCGGGGUAUCCAAAUUCUGUUCCAGCUGUGGGAAAGAGUAUCUGAACGAGGACGAGAUGGACUCGUCCGAUCCAGAUCUCCAACGGUCUUGUCAACGUCUGUUCGACAUGUUCGAUACGUGCACCUUCUGCGGCGGGAAAUUUCGUCCGUGA